AUGUCUUCAGCAAAACUGUUCGACUAUUUACUAAUAUUCGAAAAUAUAUUAGGAAUAUACAGGAAUUAUGACAAUCAAAACAAAAAAGUGAAAUGUUUCAUUAUUUUACAAAUUUUAGUUCAGACAAUGUACCAUUUAUCUGUGUCCAGUGAUGCCAUAUCAUUUGCUAUAGCUAUGACAACCUAUCUUACAUCGCUGAUAAUGCCAGUACAUGCUGGCCAAAUGCUGAGAAACGAAGCAAUGAGGACCCAAAGAUGUCUAGCUCGACUUCAUAAUACAAUUUUAAUUGACUAUAAUGAAGCUGAGCCGAAACUAAUAAAGGACUUCAUACGCCUAGUUAAAAAGAAACCUCUAGAGAUUAAAUUAUUAACCAACUUACCUUUAGGAAUGUACUUGCUACCAUUAUUAACUAUGUUUGCAGUUAAUUAUACCAUUAUUGUAUUGCAAAUUAAUCAUAUAAUUUGA